AGCGGAUAUGGAAACCCCUGAUGGAAAGAGCCUAAAAACAAGUGUAAACUAGUCAGUCGUAGGUUAAUUUCCAAACACUAUUUCAUCCCACGAUCUUGCUUUUAGUCAUCAUGGAACUGUUGUGUGUGUGUGUGCCUUAUAAGCGCUAGUCAAUUAUGAUUGCAUUUCUUAUUUUGUCAAGAAGACAACGCAUCCGCAGACAUCGAAUGUUAGCCAUCCUACUAUAUCAGAUGAACCUAGCUAUCAUUUUGACACUUCUUCUAAACAUUCAGCUCUCUAGUGCAUGUGGUAGAGCAGAGUACAGAACAGGUGAUGAAUGCUGUCCUAUGUGUUCACCAGGAAACCGGGUACAUAAACACUGUACAGAAUUUUCAAGUACUUCCUGUGUCCCCUGUACCGACUCCACUUUCCUUGAUGAACCCAAUGGUCUUACGGCAUGCAUACUGUGUACAAACUGUGACCCUGGCUUUGGUUUGACGGUAAAGCAGUCAUGUAGACCUUCAUCAGACACGGUCUGUGGGACACUGGAGGGGUUCUACUGUCUAGACCCAACUAAGGAUGGUUGUAGAGUAGCCCAGAGACACAGCAGCUGUAAACCUGGCCAAUACAUCAGUCACACGGGAACAACAUCUACAGAUACUGUGUGUUCUGACUGUACUGGUGACACCUAUUCAGAUGGAUCAUUUACAUCCUGCCAGCCACACACACAAUGUGAUACCUUGAAGCGUCAGCAAAUUAAACCUGGAACUCAUUGGUCCGACUCUGAAUGUGGACCACAGACCUCCCUUUCCAUAGCAAUAAUAUCUGCUGUGGUGGUGGUACUAGCUUUGAUAGCAGCAGUGACAGCAGUAGCUAUUAGAAGAAAAAGAAAAGAUCCUUUAUCUGGUGAGAUUAUUUUGGGGAAUAGUACAGUUUCAUUUAUUGUUUUAAUUGCCCAGAUGAACAAGUGAGAAACAUCCAACACUGAAUCAAAUCACAUUUUAUUUGUCAUAUGUACCCAAUACAACGGGUGUAGACUUUACCGUGAAAUGUUGCUUACGAGCCCUUCCAAAGGAUGCAGUUAAAAAAUAAAUACAAAAUAGUAACACGAGAAUUCAAAUAAAAUGCACAAGAAUGCAGCUAUAUACAGGGAGGACCAGUACAGUACCCGCGUGGGAACUGUUUGUAGAGCAUGGCACUUGCAAUGCCAGGGCUGUGGGUUCAAUUCCCAUGGGGAACAGUAUGGAAAAUGUAUGCACUCACUAGUGAAAGUAGCUCUGGAAAAGGGUGUCUGCUAAAUUAUUAAAAUAAAUACAAUAAUGGAGCUACAUACAGGAAGUACCAGUACAAGAUCACACAAGAUGAAUAAAACAAAAUACACAAUAAUGUUCUGAAAAUCAUGACAACACCCCUGUCAAACAGUGUAUGUUAUCGAGUUCUAAAUGAGUUUUUGUCUCAAUGUUGAUUCUUGUACUUUUCCAGAGAGGACUUUUCCAGAGACACAAAUCCCUACAGACGUAUGUUAAUGAAUAACCCCACAAUACCCACGUUAUACAGCAGUAUUUUCUAUCAUACUCAAUAUGGUAAGGAGACGGCUGACAGGAAUUUAUAUUCCCACAAGGGUUGCACUUUUUGUUUUAUUGAGUUGAGGUUUCCUUUUACUAGGUAUCAGACAUAGAGGGAACAUCAAUGCUGUUUGUGGGAACAAGAACAGGUAAGGUAGCCGAUAACAUCAGAAUGGUACAGUAUGCUUGAGUUCAUGAAUUUCAGUCAGAUUUGAACUAAAACUUCUUCUUAUGAAUAUUAUACAGAUUCAAGCCUCCAGGACAUUCAUCAGAACAAUCCAGUCUGUGUGGUUCAUUGGCUUGAAAACUAGACUAGGCAGUAGGGCCCAAUUUCUGUCCACUACAUGGUGAAUGUGAUAUAGAAAGUUGGAGGCUGGCACAUUUGCUUUGUAAAGAUUAAAAAGGCCAUGACCUUGAUAGACAGCCUGUCUUCCAAUACUGGGGAUGAAGGAAACCUUAGUAGGAGCCAGGUCUGUUCUGUCCGGGGAAAGGUCAGGUGUGUCCAUGAUUUCAAAUGGUCAGUCCAAGUCACUUGACGGUAUUUGGAAUAAAACACAAAUGCCAUUUUGUAAUAAUUCCACAGAGUAAACAUCAAGAGGCAAUGGUGCAGUGUAUGUCCAGUGUCACCCAUGUUUUAUUUUGUUAAACUUUUAUUUAACUAGUCAAGUCAGUUAAGAAUAAAUUGUUAUUUACAAUGACGGCCUACCCCGGAUAAUGCUGGGCCAAUUGUGCACCGCCCUAUGGGACUCCCAAUCAUGGCCGGAUGUGAUACAGCCUGGAUUAGAGCCAGGGACUGUAGUGACUCCUCUUGCACUGGGAUGCAGUGCCUUAGAUCGCUGCACCACUCGGGAGCCCUGAUGCAUAGCAACGGGACAAAUGUUCUGUAUACAGUUCUAUUCUUACAAUCCUCCUAAAAUAUACCUUUUAUUGUCACACUGGGAUAUGUGCUGUGAAAUGUGUUGUUUUACAGGGUCAGCCAUAGGAGUACUCUGCCCCUGGAGUAAAUUAGGGUUAGGUGCCUUGCUCAAGAAUACAUCGACAGAUUUUUCACCUUGAUUGUAUAGUUAUUUGUAUUGUAUCUUUUGCUUUUUAUUUGUAUUUAUUUAUAUUCAUUUGUAUUUGUAUUCAUUGCAUUGAUAAUGUAUUGAUGUUUUUGAUUCCAUGGGUUUACAGUCUAUUCUAUUGAAUCCAUUUGCUUCUCUGUAAGUCAUGGUUUGUGCUUGUUUCACCACCAUCAGUGUUCAGCCUAUUGUUGCUGUAAGUGUAUUGCUGGUGACUAAUGUCCCCUCUUGGGAUUAGUAAGUAGAGGGUCUGCAAUAAAAUUAAUACAAUUAGACCA